UAUUCUCUUUCUGUCGGCAGGCAUGAAAAUGACUAUGUCAACUGCACCAACGAUGAGCGCUCGCGUCCACAGGAAGGUGAUGAGAGCGCCCCAUAAGCGUGCCCAUCCCGGCAAAACGCACUUCUCCGGGAAAAUGGUACACGCCGGCAAAAUGGCCCACCCGGGGAAACUGUCUCACUUGGGUAAAUUCGGGAAGCUUGCCCACUAUGCGCACACACACUCUCUGCGGCCUCCGGAGCCUUGCGAGAACAGUAACGACAGCGGCCUAGGGACCGAUCCAGUCAACAGAUUGUCGGACACUGUGGAGGACUGGGAACAUCCGGAGUUGAAACGGCAUCGCGGCGAGUCGGAGAUGCCCGUUAAGAUCGAAUGCGACAACGCUACCGAUGCUUACGCGUUCGUCCCUCCCGGAGUCCAGCCCGCCGGAGUGCAGCCAGCAUCAGCACUACCAGUCCCCGUAAUAAGGCCCGGCUGCAGCAUAUCUAGUCCAAACAUCACCGAGUCGCCAGGGAAGAGGUUUCAAGAUCCGUAUAGGUCUUGUGGAAAACUCGGCAGUGGAGGGAAACUAGCUAAUAAGUAUCCCGGGGGAGGAAAGCUAGCCGGACCGGGGGGGAAACUUGGAGGCAAAUUAGCCGGGAAAUACGGAGGGAAGUUAGCACAGGCCAUGGCGAGGCGGAGGGCGCUGGCUGCCAUGACACAGACCGGACCGCCGGGCCUCGCCGCUCCACUCACCAACAAAUCUAGGGACGGCACUGUGGAGCUACAGAUACUGUGCCAGCCUGAAACUCAACACAGAGCGAGAUAUCAGACUGAAGGCAGCCGGGGAGCCGUCAAAGAUAACUCCGGGACCGGUUUUCCGAUGGUCAAAUUAGUUGGCUACGAUAAGCCGGCCGUAUUACAGGUAUUUAUAGGUACAGACACAGGACGAGUGCAACCUCACAUGUUCUACCAGGCCUGCCGCGUCUCCGGGAAGAACUCGACGCCGUGCAAGGAGCGGAAGGAAGACGGAACUGUUAUCAUAGAGAUAGACUUGGAGCCGGCCAAGGACUGGAAGGUCACGUGCGACUGCGUUGGUAUACUCAAGGAGCGCAACGUGGACGUGGAGCACCGCUUCGGCGAGGCUCUGGGCGGCGUGGGGAGCGUGGGAAGCGUGGGGGGCGUGGGGAGCGUGGGGGCGGUGAGCAGCGCCAGCCACGUGUCCCGCGGCAAGAAAAAGUCGACGCGAUGCCGCAUGGUGUUCCGCACCGACAUCAUCAACGCCGCAGGACACCGGGAGACGCUACAGGUCUGCUCCACGCAGAUCAUAUGCACGCAACCGCCGGGCGUACCAGAGGUGUGCCGAAAGUCACUAGUCUCGUGUCCGGCCACCGGAGGCCUGGAACUAUACCUACUCGGCAAGAACUUCCUCAAGGAGACCAAGGUGGUGUUUUGUCAGAGGCACGAGGGUCGCACGACUUGGGAGGAAGAAGUCACGCCUGACAAAGAAUUUUUGCAACAGACGCACCUGGUGUGUUGCGUGCCGGCGUACGGUCGACAGGACCUGAGCGAGGCGGUCGCGGUGCAGCUGUUCGUGAGGUCGGGCGGCAAGGCGUCGGAGCCGCACUGCUUCUACUACACGCCGUCCGCCCUCGACACGGGCCCCCUACAUUGCUCGCGCCAUCACUCGCAAGGUGGCGAGGAGGCGCGGCCGGUGCUCAUGUGGGGCGCUAUGCCGCCGCCCGCCCUGCCCGUGCGCAGACCCUCCGUCAUCCUGCCAGACCCACACUCGCCUCUCGGACUCAAGAGUGAGGUGAUGGACGAGACCAGCCAGCACUCCGUGGUCGAUCACACAGACGCUUCCUGUGGGCCUGAGGGACCUGAAAAGACCUCCACUGGUAACAUUAGUGACGAUCUGAAGGUCGUCGAUCUGAGACUCAAGUCUGAGAAUAUGUCGCUCGACGCACAGGCCCAGAUGAGCUUCGUGAGCAGUUAUGACUCGAUGAAAUUGUCGCCGGCCACCCCCAGCCAGGGAGAGUCGCCGACCUCUAUCGUUUCGUUUACUCAGCAACUGCAAGCCAUCCAGACCCAGGCUCAGACCGACAAGAUGGUAGAGUCCGUCACCGCGGCCUUGUUCAACACUGACGAAAACUCCGGUCCGAUAUACCCGCAGAUGUUACCGAUGUCCACUAUGGAAUCAAUGAGGCAUCUCAUCUCUUCUAAAAACAACAUGGAUCCUUUAGGAACCGAAUUGAAGGUCCUCAACCCCGAGCUAAUGAUCACGGAUACUGCGAUGCAGUCGACCGUGCUGCAGACCGCUAACGAGCAACGACUCAUGGUCUACAACCAGAUGACAUCCGGCCGAGCCGAAGAGAGAUUCAACCCCUUUGGAAAUAUGACCAAGCUCGAGAUGGAAACCUCCUCGGCGAUAUCGCAACAGAACGCACAGAUGGAGGCGCUAGUCGAGGACGCUAUGAAGGCCACCGCGGCAAUGCUGCCUGCCGACGCGGCCAAGCUAGACGAGCUAGUCAACUCUCGCGUGGACGACCAUUUGUCGGCGUCGUCCGCCUCGCCAUCGGGUGGGUCCCACGCUUCCGACGUCCUGCUGAGUCCGGGCGCCGGGGUGGUGACGCGGGGACCGGCCGCCGAUCUGUUGCCCUCCGCCGCCAUCUCGCCCGACGUCAUCCUCAACCCACAAGUGUCACCCAGCAUGCUAUGCGACGCCAAUCAGCACAUGGUGAUGCCGACCGGAACAGCACCCGAAGACCUCAUGAUGCUGCCGGAACAGAUGCAGCUCACAUCCGUGAAGACUCCACCGGCGGCCGUCAAAUCUAUGAUCUUGAACGCGGCCGCAGAGAUCCUGACCUCGGACACGACGAUGAACGCGCUCGUGAAGUCAGCCAUCAACACGGCCAACAUCCUGACGACGGAGAGCGCGGCCGAGCAGCCGCCCGCCGAGCCCGCCCCGGAGGCGCCGCUGGUGGCCAUGUCGCAGGCCGUGUCGCAAGCCGUGACGCAGGCCGUGUCGCAGGCCGUGUCGCAGGCGGUGUCGCAGGCCGUGUCGCAUGAGAUGACGGCGCCGGUGCAGGGCCUCACGGACAUGAGCGACCAGGACCUGCUCUCCUACAUCAACACGAGCACCUUCGACCAGGUGUAAGUCGCUCGCGCUCGGCUCUAUGCCGCGGUAUAUCUCGGGAUCGAUCCGUCGACUAUUAGUGUCGGUUUGCGCCGAUCUAAAUGCAUUUCUCUAUAUGUGAUGUGUGAGGGCUCAAAUGCAGUUUUUAUGUGAAUUUUUAAUGGAUGUUAAACGUUAAAUAGGUUUACUGUAGAAAGAACACUAUAAUCUCGUGAACUGUCGAGGUAUGCACGAGUCACGUGUGCGAUGUGAAUCAUGAUUCUCAAAUUAUUUUUUAUUGUAUUUUAGUUUAUAUGACUAAAAUUAUGUUUUAGUGAGGUCAAUUACGACGUACUUCUUCAUGUGAGUCAGUAUUACAGGGCUAAUACGUUUUUUUUUUAUAUUUGCGUGAUAGUUUGGGAACAGCUGGAAAUUGAUGGCGGAUAUCCAGCGAAAUAUCGUUAUCUGUAAACAGUAAAUUUAAAUACUGUAGAUUUGUUUUAAACAAUAUACUUUGUAUUUAUGGACACGUAGUCAUACACAUAUGUACGACAAAUUGUUUUGAAUUGAUUUUCAAUUAAGUUUUUGUUUCGGUGGUUCCCAACCUAUCGCGUAUAAAAGCAGAAUAUGUAUUUUGAAAAUGAACGUGUUAUAGUUAUAUUAAUGAAAAAUAUUGAAUGUUGAUUGAUGUAUGUGUAUUUGUUGGUGCGUUAUAUGUUUGUUUUGGAGUUUUUGUAAAUAUCUGCAUAGCUUUGUAUUUAUGUUUUUUUUUUUUUUAGUUUUAAGUGAAGUUAGGUUCCGAUUCAAUAAGUAAUCUGUUAAUUCGUUAGAACGGUACCCGUCGAUGCGGACAUAUGAAAUCCCAAAAAUAUUGAAAGUGCGUGAGAAAUAAAAAGUCGGUCUGUAUGCUUAGUGCGAGUUUUUUACCGUUCUCGAUAGCGUAAAAAUUACCCAAUUUUGUAUGCAGUUGGAACAGCGCCCCUAGCGGCAAACGUACGCA